CUUUAUCAAUGUUAAAGCUCAGGUAAAUUUAAAAGGUUUAACAUAUACAUGUAGUAUAAACAUGGAUGGUAUUAACCAAUUAGAACCAAGUAAUAUAUUAUACAAUAAGUUGCUUAAAUCACAAAAUAAAAACAACUUUCACUCUGUAAUAAAGAGUUGUUUUUUUUGUAAAGAAGUUGAUUCAUUUUAUGUAGCUAAUUCUAAUUUUUUUUUUCAGAGUUUUGCAGACCAAAUAUUUGGAAAUUUCAGUUGGAUAAUUUCUGUUGCCGUUGCUCUAUCGUGUAUCGGAUCCAUAAACGGAGGAAUAUUCGCAGCGUCAAGAUCUGUGUUUGUUGCAGCAAGAGAAGGACAUCUUCCUCAGGUAAUGUCUAUGGUUCAAAUACACAAAAAGACUCCGUUGCCAGCGGCUGCAGUCAUGGUAAGUAAAGAACAAUUACUGAGUGCCAAUCAAACACUAGAACAGACCAAUUGGGACAAGACCAGGAAUUCGAAGGUUUUCUCACAAACAACUAAAUUUACGUGUACGUUUGCGUUGUCGUGUUGUGGGAUCUAUACAGGAAUAUCAAAGGGGUAAAGAUUUAACUGUCUAUUAUCAUAACGAAAUUGAUAUGUCUAAUAGUACGUCUGCUAUUUUUAAGGAUAUUUCCUUUCUAUCAAAACAGAAUAUAAUGAAGUCAUUAAUUACAGUUAAAGUAUUCGAAUAAAGAUAAAAUUCUACUAAUUAAGUACGCAUCACAAUAAAGCUUAGUUGUUUUGUAGUCAUGUUAUAAAAUUUGGCAUUUUACUCGAUUGAACCUAAAGAUCUUGAAAUUGAAAAUAAUCGCAGGCUAUUCUUACACUGUUCUCCUCUUUCGUCGGUUGGUUUGUUUCCCUCCCUGGUAAAGAUUGUGUAUAUUACUUCAACUUAAUCC